UUCCCGCCCCGCGGCGCCAGGCGGGGCGGUGGCGCAGGAUGCUGAGCCGGCUGCAGGAGCUGCGCAAGGAGGAGGAGACGCUGCUGCGGGUGAAGGCGGCGCUCAACGACCAGCUCACCCGCCUCAGGGUGGAGGAGCUGGCCCUGCAGUCCAUGAUCAGGUCCAGAGAGGAGAAUGUCCCAGCCUCGUCGUCUGCCAUCGCGGAGACUCAGGGGACUCUCGGGCAGAUGGACAACGAGGCUGCUAUCAAUCAAACUGAAUUACACCUAAGUCUUCAAGGUCAUCAUGAGGAGGAGGAGGAAGAGGAGGAGGAAUCCGAUUCUUGAGAGAAAAAAAUCAGAGAUGGUUUUUAAUACAGACUCAGGAAUUUCUUCAUUCAUAUAAAAUUCACCAACUGAUUUUCAUUUUGUCCUGGAUAGGAACUAUAUGACAUGCAAGACUUUUGGAGUCUAGGGAGGUUACUCUUGAACACAUGAAUGUCACAAGCUUGGCACAUCUUGACUUAAGAUGUUAAAAAAAAUGAAAAUUUGCUGCACAACUAUGUAGCAUAAUCCGUUCCACGUUUACGACCCAGUGUAGCUUACUACAUCUUUUUAUGUAGACAGGAGAAGUCAUUUUUCAAGUCAGACUAAUUUAACAUGUACACUAAAAGCAAUAAGUCGUCUGUUCUUAUUUCCUGAUGCUGAAAAAUAAAACCAGGCCGUGGAGGCCGGUUGCUGAACCAAUGAUUAUAUUAGAACCUCAUUUGCUUAAACUGGGAAUUCACGAUACGCAGUGAGAAAAGAUGUGUCCAGGAUUGUCUCCAGGCUGUCAGCUGCUGCGUGCUCAGUGACAUGGCAAACUGGAUUUGUGCUCCCUGGAAAUGUGACCCGUGGAGAUGUAGGUGUUCAUACACGGGGAGAAGCAGGUACGGCACUGACAACCCAAUUCUGAGCGCGGUAAUGAGGCGGCCUCUCCUUGUACCUACUGGUGCUCUUCUUAAGUACUGUCAGUCUGCAACAGGGAACGGGCUUCCGCUUCUUGCUCUUUCAGAGUAGCAGCCACUUAGCCUUUUAUUUUUCCACCAAGUGUACCAUAAGAAUUGGCCCCUGUUACUUGUAAUAACAAACUAUUAUUUUUAAAAUCAGUAAUUUUCUUUUUCCUCACAGUAACUUUAUAAAUCAAUGCAAGUCCACCUUCUGCUUUCACGUGAUCUUCAAGGAGCAUGAGGAGUUUAAGGACUUAGUUAUAAAAUGGAAAGUGAUGCAAAGUCAAGUCCCCUCCAGAGUUUCUUUAAUGGUACGGUUACAAGCUGGUGCUGCUCUUACUGAUGGGCAAUAUGCUCUUUCUCCUUGUGGAGCACAGACACCAUGUGGUGCAGCUGGUUAUUUUAUCAAUUCUUAAAGACUUGUUUUAAAGCUGAUUAAGACCAAUAAAAGUAACAUUCUAACUCA